UGGUUUGCAUUAGUGGCGAGGGGGGGGGGGGCAUAUGGUCGUAACAAUAGCCACAGGACUAGUCUUUAGCAGGACUAUUCAGUUUUUUAAGAUGGAUGGCUCGUUGUAACAAUAGCCACUGCCUGGCUUAAAAAAAAUUUAAUCCAUGGCCCUGACCGAACCAUAUUUCUAAUGAUUAUUCAUAUUUCUCUAUUUUUGUUCAUAAGUAAAAUAAGUGAGCUGCCUCAAUUGCGCUUGUGGCCUGAAAAUAAGGGAAGACAUUAUUUUAGUACAAUGUAGUAUGUUUAUAAACAGAAUGGUACUGGCUUUAAAUGUCAGUUAACCUAGUAGUAGUACUAGCUACUUACUACUUAGUAGCAGCCAGUAGGCCUAAUUGUGACAUAGCUAACUUCAUAGAAAAAUUUCAAAUAUGGUUCGAAACGGGUGGGGGUAUUUCCUAAAGAUUUCCUGAAUGCUCUUAUGAAGGGUUGCAAUGAGAUUUAGUGGAGGACAUAAAAAAUAUCUCUUGAACUAAAUUAGAAAUGGCAGGGGUGUACAUAUCGAUUUUGUUCGGCGGUUGUUUAGAAAAAUGAGACCAACUGCUUGCACAGGCCUCUAAUACGAGUGACACAGCAAGCUUUCUAGGUGGGGGGUGGGGGCAUGCUCCCCCUAAGAAAUCUUUGAAUCUAGCGUUCCUGAAAUGCCAUUUCCUGGACUUUGGGGGAAGAUUUUGCAGAAUUCUGAUGGUUAGAAAAAACACUUAUAACAUGAGUAAAAUUGAGUACUACGCAUGAGGAUUCAUGUUAUUUAUUAAAAAAUUUGCAAGAAAGUACAAAGUACUGAGAAUCUGUGACAACUUCUGAAAGUUAUAAUAAUUACAUCAUUUACAUGGACCUAUAUCUUUGAUAUAUUUUUGAGGGUUGUGAUGAGAGUAAGAGGGUAGCCUUGCUUGAGGGUUGUGUCACAGACAUCAAAAUAGAAGUGACAGCAGAAGAUGGAAGAACAACUAAAUAUUAUUUUAUUCAUGCUAAUCGUUUGUCAUCUAAAGCUGCAGAGCUUAAUGGUAUACAGCUCAAUAGAGGCACUUUAUGUCCAGAAUUUAUGUCCAGUGUGUUUGAAUACAAUGUUUUGGUUGCAUGCGACGUAUCCCAGCUGUAUGUAACACCAACAGUUCCUGAUAUUAAAAUGGCAGUAGUAGUCAAUGGAGAGAAACCUCCAUCAGCUGUAUGUCUUAAUAUAGGACAAACUAUUAUACAAACAGAAGUCACUUCUGUAGAUGGUUCAAAUAAGCAGUUGUACACCAUUGAAGUUGUUCGAAAGCAAAUUCCACGAUUUGUUAAAUUUACUGAUUCACAACAAGGGUUAUUAUUUGAAUGUCCAAUAUCUUUAAACCCACUUUAUCAACCUAUUACUAUUAAAAAUAGUGAACCAAUGCAUACAUUCUCUGGGCCCCUUAUAUCAGAAUAUACUAAAACAUCAAAAUAUGAUCCUUUAAACAAUCAGCCUUUACCACCAGAUUGGAAAAUUGUGUCACAGGAUUUGGAUUCAAAAAUGUCGUCUGCUAUGGUGUCCAUCCCUCUUAUAAAUGGAACAAUGUCAGAAGCAAAAAAGUUCACAGAAAUUGGUUCCAUAUUAUUAGAGAAAUGUAACAUUGUACCAAAAGUUGAGGAUGUAAAAGAUAAAUUUAAAUCAACAACAGUUACAUCAAAACACUCAAUACAAACACGGAAAUGGGAGAAGAAUUUACAGCAGAUAUAUGAUGAAACUGAUGUUAUAGUAUUAGAGAAAAAUGCUAAAGAACAUAUAGAAAAAUACUUUGAUAUUCUACCAACACCAGGUGUUUAUAGACAUUUUGAUGACAGUGAAUCACCAUUAGAUUAUUUGGAAAUAGCUGUACAUAACUAUGCCACUGCUGUCAAAUUUAAACCUAAAGAUGCCAACUUACAUUCUCAAUUAGCCAUGUUAUUAGAAGAAAUGUACUAUGUAGAAGAUAUGUCAGGCUUAAAGAAAGAGACCGCUGAAGACAUACCAUCUAUCAAUAAUGAAGCAAAGGAAGGUGCCAAACUAGAAGAAGCCCUUGCUAUAUGUAAAUUACGUGGUGUGGAAUCAUCUGCUCCUGUUUCCCUACAACUUAAAGCCAUUGAUGAAGAAUAUCAUCAUCUUUUAGAUUCCGGUCAAAGUGGAAGGGCAGAUCAAGUGAUGGGGCUGUAUGCCUGGUUUUCAAAAAAAAUCUCACAGGAAGCUGUUGCAGCUUAUAAAGUAAACAAUGAAGAAUCUCCCUUAGGUCAAGCUUACCAAAAAUAUCUUGAUGCCUUAUCACUUGAAGAAACCAAAUCAAUACAUAACUUCCAUGUUGGCCGCCUGCUAGUCAUGCAAGGUGAAUUUGAAGAGGCAAUCAAGAGAUUGGAAAUAACUAUUAACUGGAAUCCCCAACAUCAAAUGGCUAGAUUUUACCUGGGCUUUGCCCUGUCAUUAAAACGUGGUGGCCCAGGUGACAGAUGUAAAGAAACAGUUGGUUAUUUAUUGGAAGCCAUGGAAACACUUUUAACAGAAAAUACCAAAAUAGCUGUAACAGAUCCUUUACCAUGUAAGAGAAGAGAAUUAUUGGUAAUGAAUCUAUUAAGAUCUAACAAUAUUGUAUUAUUAAGAGGUAUUAUACAGUUAGGAAAAUUACUGACAACAAAUCCUAGUAAAGAUUGUAUCUCAGCUGAACAUAUUUUCUACACAGCAAGUUUAUUGGCAUCACAAGUUUUACCUACUCUGUCUCGUGGUGAUUUAUAUAAACAAGUUGAAUGGGUUCUACUAGAUUCACAUGCUAAUCUUCUUGAAAUAUAUGCAAAUAGUUCUAGCCCAGUUGAAACGUUAAUUGCUCAAAGAUGUGAGAGAUUAUCAGCAUUGAUAUAUAACUGUACUAUACCCCAGAAUGGUCAACUUCAGGAAUUGCAAGAAAAGACUUGUCAGAAACUGGUAACCAUCCAUCCCUCUGAUAGUCAUGCUCUGUAUUUAUUAGGGACUGCUCAGAUGGCACGCUAUGAGAAUAGUUCAACUGGACAAGCAUCUGAACAAUUAUUAACAGACGCCAAGACUUCUUUUAAGACCAGUAUUAUGCUUGAAGGUCAGCCAGUGUCUGGUGUAGUUCCAGAUUUACUUAAAAAUCAAGAAUGGUGGCAGAUCAAAGUUAAAGAAGAAGAAAGAAAGACAGCAGAAGAAGCUAAGAAAGCAGAAGUUAAAUCUGUUGGGGGUAAACCGGGUGUUAGUAGAGGUGGUGGAGUUAAUACUCGAGGUAGAGGUGGCACAGCAACUACACCUGCUACUAGAGGAGGUACAGCAGUCAGAGGAGGGGCAGCUAGAGGGGGUACUACAACAUCUAGAGGAGCAAGAGGAGGGGCUGCUAAUAAGUCCAUUCCAGUUGUCAAAUCUACGUCAUCAAUAACAAAAGCCAAUGUAAACACAGGCUCAAAAGGUCAUAUAUGUGAAGUAACAAAAAACACUGCAAAAGUUCCAGAUACCAAACCUAACAAAGAGAUUAAAACUGACAAUAUUCCUUCACAGCCAGCAUCAAUCGAUAGUUCAGCACCAAAAAAUAAAAAAUCUUAUCUUCCAAGACUUGGACUAGCUAGAGCAUUAAAACUGUCUGGAGAUACAGAAUCUGCUAAAAGAUAUUAUGACCAGGUGAUUUCUAUGUCACCUGAGGUACAUGAUGCAUAUAUAGAAAAUGCUGAAAUGUUAACUAAAUCUGACCCACUAGAAGCUGUCAAUGUAUUUUGUAAAUUUCCAGUACCUCAUGAACCAUCGUUUGAUGAUGCUUAUAUAUUUGGUGAAAUAAUCCGAUUAUUGAUGAAAAAUGAAAAAUAUGAUGAUCCUAGAUUAGCAUCCAAUCUUGUAUCGUAUGGUAGAGUUUUAGGACUAGGAGCUUUAGAGAAAAAUGUGAAGAUUCUAGAAGAGAAGUUUAAAUUUGAAACUUUGAAAACUGUCUAUGCAGGUGUGAACAGAAAAUCAGUGGAUGAUGCGGACUUGCAAGCAUUCUUUAAAUUUAAAUUGUGGAUUUAACAGAUAUUCUGUAAUUAGGAGUGAGCCUGUCUGUGAUAAUCUCUUUUAAUAAAAUAUGACAGCAGAAAUACUGUACUUUAACCUCAUGAAUUGUUAUAUUACUAUUUAUUUAGUUGUUUAGUUAUAUGGUUCUAUUUAUUUAUAAUUAGCCAACUGUU